GCGGGGUCGCGCGGGCCCGAGCAGGACAGCCGCCAUCUUGCGCGAGCCGGAAUCCCGUCCCGCUUUUGCGGCCUAGAGUGCGCACGGGUCGGCGGCAUUCCCUUGCAGCCGCCCAGCGUCGCCGCGGCCCAGCUGGAUCCCUCGCCCGCCACCUCUCUGCCCCCGGCCGGAGUCCGGCCCUCACUCCCUCAUCUGGGCCAGGUCCGGCCUGCCCGCGGGGUCUCGCGGCUGCCCCGGGGACGAUGAACGGAGGAUAAAUGGUGCCCAAGGCAGACAGUGGUGCCUUUCUGCUGCUCUUCCUGCUGGUUCUCACUGUCACCGAGCCGCUGCGGCCAGAGCUUCGGUGCAACCCUGGGCAGUUUCAGUGUCACAGUGGUACCAUCCAGUGCAUACCCCUCCCCUGGCAAUGUGAUGGCUGGCCAACGUGUGAGGAUAAGAGUGAUGAAGCCGACUGUCCAGAAGUGACUGGAGAGGCCCGUCCUUAUCAUGGGAAGGAGACCUUGGACCUGCGACAGGGGCGGACCAGAGGAGGUGACCCCACACACUUCCACACGGUGAACAUGGCUCAGCCUGUCCGCUUCAGCAGCUUCCUAGGGAAAUGCCCGACCGGGUGGCACCACUACGAAGGCACAGCCAGCUGCUACCGGGUCUACCUCAGCGGAGAGAACUACUGGGAUGCUGCGCAGACCUGCCAGCGUGUGAAUGGCUCGCUCGCUACUUUCUCCACUGACCAGGAGCUGCGCUUUGUCCUGGCCCAGGAAUGGGACCAGCCAGAGCGGAGCUUCGGCUGGAAAGACCAGCGCAAGCUGUGGGUUGGUUAUCAGUAUGUCAUCACUGGGCGGAACCAUUCCUUAGAAGGUCGCUGGGAAGUAGCAUUCAAAGGCUCCUCGGAAGUGUUCCUGCCUCCAGAUCCCAUCUUUGCCUCCGCCAUGUCUGAGAGUGACACUGUGUUCUGCGCCCAGCUCCAGUGCUUCCACUUUCCCACGCUGAGGCACCAUGACCUUCAUAGCUGGCAUGCUGAGAGCUGCUCUGAGAAGUCUUCAUUUCUGUGUAAAAGAAGUCAAACGUGUGUUGAUAUCAAAGACAAUGUGGUGGAUGAAGGGUUCUACUUCACUCCCAAGGGAGAUGACCCAUGUUUGAGCUGUACCUGCCAUCGAGGGGAGCCUGAGAUGUGCGUUGCUGCCCUGUGUGAGCGGCCGCAGGGAUGUCAGCAGUACCGCAAGGACCCUAAGGAAUGCUGCAAGUUCAUGUGUCUGGACCCAGAUGGCAGCAGCCUGUUUGACUCCAUGGCAAGUGGGAUGCGCCUGGUCGUCAGCUGUAUCUCCUCCUUCCUCAUCCUCUCGCUGCUGCUUUUUAUGGUCCACCGACUGCGCCAGCGGCGCCGGGAGCGCAUUGAGUCCCUGAUUGGAGCAAACUUGCACCAUUUCAACCUUGGCCGGAGGAUCCCUGGCUUUGACUAUGGUCCAGAUGGGUUUGGCACAGGCCUCACCCCACUACAUCUUUCUGACGACGGGGAAGGUGGGACUUUCCAUUUCCACGACCCUCCGCCUCCUUAUACAGCUUACAAGUACCCAGACAUGGACCAGCCGGAUGAUCCACCACCGCCCUAUGAGGCUUCCAUCAACCAGGACAGUGUCUUCUAUGACCCUGCAGAUGACGAUGCCUUUGAACCCAUGGAGACCAGCCUGCCAACCCCAAGGGAAGGUGGUAUUGAAGGUGCAUUGCCCAGGCACUUGGAUCAUCCACUGCCCCCUGCAGAGACCUCCUUGACAGAUCUGGAAGACUCCACAGACAGUAGCAGUGCCCUGCUAGUGCCCCCUGAUCCUGCCCAGAGCGGGAGCACCCCAGCUACAGAAACACCACCAGGUGGUGGGCGCCACCCCCGUAACUCCCUCAAUACUGUGGUGUAGGUGGACUAGGGGUAUCUGUUUCCUGUUCAGAAGACACCUAUCCCAGUGGGAGACUUGAAGGGGUCCUGUCAUAGCCUGGACCCACUCCACUGCCACAUCCCCACCAGCAGCAGGUGUGUACAUAGAAACUGAAGCCAGGCACCCCAAGAGAGAAGCAAGUGCCUGUGCCAUCUUUAUCUGAGGGUUUCUCAGUCUCAUUUUUAAAUGGCAGAAUGACACAGGUGUUUAUACCACACUUUUCCAAGAGAACAGAGGCAGUGGGAUGCACUCACCAAAUAUAUCUUUGGAUGGGCUUGCUUACUGCACUGUGUCACCCCCAGAAGCUAGUCACCAACCAGUGAGCACACCAGUACAGACAGAGCAGGGUUACCACUGUAUGUAACACUAGCUACCUAGAGGCCGCUACCUAGAGGCAGAGCAUCUGUGAACUUCCAGGGAAAGCAUUCGCAGCUGCUGCACUGGCUCUCUGGGGGCAUUCUGUUUGGCCCCAAAUGCAAAUAUUGAGGUGCCAGUCCCUGGGAGAAAGUUGAACUUGCUGCCCCAUUUCCAGCUUUGUUUUGAGGCCAGCACUGUGGCAGCACUCUCCAUGGCGUAGCUCUGCAUGGCUCCCCAGGAGUAGACUCUAGACCCCUUGGAGGGUUGGGCAUGCUGGCUUUUUUCUGCCACCCACUGGAUCCCUGUGCUCUGCUUGCUGGUGAAUGACUAUUGAGUCUGGCCAGCCCCCUUCACCUUGUCUGUGCCAUAAAGGGUUAUUCAUUUGGGAAGAGAGUUGGCUCAGUAGACACCCUGUGGUUGUGUCACAUGAGUCCACUUCACCCCAUGACCACCGCUGGAGCCCAGCAGCAUCUGCUGACCACACACAUGCCUCCCAGCCCCUCCGCAGCACUGGAUACCUGGGGCUUUUUGCCCCAAAGGACCCUGUUGCCAACUCCAUGCCAUGGUCUUGUCUCCUGACACAGGCCUUCAGCAUUUCUAUGGUUUGGAGAUUAAGCAAGGUUCUGUGCAAUUUUUAGCACAUUCGUAUCUUUUCUAUGUUGAAUGUCUGGAUCUUUCUGUAUCUGUAUGUGUCCUCACGUGGCCAAAUGUUUGCAGGUGAUGGUGGGUGAUUCAUGGGAGCUCAGGAUGGCCCACUGCCCCAUAUGAGUUCUUGGGCUGUUCUUAGACCACUGUGUCUGAGCUGCCACCUAGGCCGUGGUCAGUGGGACUGGGACUCCUGUCCAACUAAGAACAUGAGCAGGAGAAACUACUACGACCUCCAGCUCUUUGGUGCUUGAUCAGACCUGCACAGUUCUAGGCAUAUCCUUACACUGCUUGGAAACCUGUUUCCCCUCCCAUGUGGAGCAUCUUCAGAGAAUCCCCAGGGCUGGCUGGAGGUUUAAGAUUUGUCCCUGGAUAGUCUGUCCCAAGGCUUGAGCCCACAGGCUAGCUGCUGCAGACAUCCCUCUGCCAAAGGGCUCGUGCCUCCUCCACUCAUGGCUUAGAAGAGCAGGAAGUUCAUCAUGCCUCCGGCAAGUAUUGAAUGCUGGACACUGGGAAGCCAUGCUCCAGAGCAACAGUGGGGAAUUGUCUUGGUGCCAGGCCACCCAGAAGAGUCCUAAGAACCACACAGCAGUGCCUCAGAAGGCCAUAUGUACAGACAGAAAUUCUCUGGGGACCAAAUGACAGUUGGGGUUGGGGCCUGAUUCUAGGAGGCAGAGGUGAAGAGGGUGACUUAAAGUGGACCAUGGUGCUGCUGAGGUGGGCCUGCGGGGCUACCAGGGUGCAUGUGGCCUGUGUUUGGGGCUGUUUGAACUGUUGCUGUUGUAGUUCCAAGCACUGGGAUCUGACACCUUCUCCAGAUCUUAUUGGUGAAUAAUCCCAGGUCCAGGAUUUGCUAAGGUUUGUGUUUCCUUGCCCAUCCCACAAGGCCCCAGAGGGACAGGCCAAGCUCCUGGGAGGUCCCGUUCCCAGGACUGCCUUGCCACUCCUGUGAGAGGCUGGGUGCCCUCUGACCUGCCUUGAGGUGGAAUUUGAUUCUGUACAUUGUCUCAAUGCCUGUUUUUACAUACUCCUUUCACUAAAGGUUUUAGUUUGGGUGUAUUUUUGGUCGGGUUGGCAUUAAUCCUUUCUUAAGAUGCUGUGAGAACCAUUUCAUCCAAUGCCAAAUAAACUUGUGUUAUGGAAAAGGCAUGGUCGGUCCUUGUUGCAGCCCAGCCCUAUAGCCAGAGCUCUCCUAAGUUUUCAGCCCUUAUAGGCAACCAGCUGGCUUCUGACACCCUUUUAUUAAGAACCAGACAGCUAGACCUGGAACGUCUGUACAGGGUACAUGGCAGGGCCACCCUGUGCUCCCUCUGAAGCGUUAUUAAAGUGACAGGCAUGCUGGUUCCCUCUGGUUACUGGUGACCAGUGUGAGUUAGGCUGAGCAGAGAAGGACAUGGGACUUGGUCCCUUAGCUGUUCAGAUCGAGUAAGCAGCCCCUUCCAGCAGAGCAGCUCUAGGUUCUAAGAGGAUUGGGCUGGCUACCUACAGCCAGGCUUGACUGGACCCUGCCUCCCUGCAGGGGCCAGAGAGGCCCACUCUGGCACUAGCAGGGCCUGUUGACUUGGGCUGGGCUCCCUCCUGAAGGAGGGUGGGGAUUGCACUCAUCCACUCUGGCACUUGGCCUACUCACAGGGGU